AUGUCGGGUAGGGAAGAAAGGGCCCAGCUCUGGGCCACUCCCCCCGCCCACUACCUUACUGCAGCUUGGAGAAAAGCUGUAGGAGUACUGGCAACUGGCGGAGUUUGCCAGGCAUUCUUUACUCCAAACCAGAACAAACUCUUCAAUUUGGCUGAAGAAGACACUUCUCGUGAAUGCCAGAACCCCACUAAUUCAAAAGCUCUGGGUGGGUGGGGAACGGUCUUCAUCAAGAACCUGGCACAAACUCUAUAGAUAAACAAGGCACUUUAUGAUACUUUUUCUGCUUUUGGAAACAUUCUGUCCUGUAAGGUGGUGUGUGAUGAGAACGGCUCUAAGGGUUAUGCUUUUGUCCACUUCGAAACCCAAGAGGCUGCCGACAAGGCCAUCGAGAAGAUGAAUGGCAUGCUCCUCAAUGACCGCAAAGUGUUUGUGGGCAGAUUCAAGUCUCGCAAAGAGCGGGAAGCUGAGCUUGGAGCCAAAGCCAAGGAAUUUACCAAUGUGUAUAUCAAGAACUUUGGGGAAGAGGUGGAUGAUGAGAGUCUGAAAGAGCUAUUCAGCCAGUUUGGUAAGACACUAAGUGUCAAGGUGAUGAGAGAUCCCAGUGGGAAAUCCAAAGGCUUUGGCUUUGUCAGUUACGAAAAACACGAGGAUGCCAAUAAGGCUGUGGAAGAGAUGAAUGGAAAAGAAAUCAGUGGUAAAGUCAUAUUUGUAGGCCGUGCUCAGAAGAAAGUGGAACGGCAGGCAGAGUUAAAACGGAAAUUUGAGCAGCUGAAACAGGAGAGAAUUAGUCGAUAUCAGGGGGUGAAUCUCUACAUUAAGAACUUGGAUGACACUAUUGAUGAUGAGAAAUUAAGGAAAGAGUUUUCUCCUUUUGGAUCAAUCACCAGUGCUAAGGUGAUGCUGGAAGAUGGAAGAAGCAAAGGGUUUGGCUUCGUCUGCUUCUCAUCUCCUGAAGAGGCAACCAAAGCAGUCACUGAGAUGAAUGGACGCAUCGUGGGCUCCAAGCCACUGUAUGUUGCCCUGGCCCAGAGGAAGGAAGAGAGAAAGGCUCACCUGACCAACCAAUAUAUGCAGCGGGUGGCUGGAAUGAGAGCACUCCCUGCCAAUGCCAUCUUAAAUCAGUUCCAGCCUGCAGCUGGUGGCUACUUUGUGCCAGCAGUCCCACAGGCUCAAGGAAGACCUCCGUAUUAUACACCUAACCAGUUAGCACAGAUGAGGCCUAAUCCACGCUGGCAGCAAGGCGGGAGACCUCAAGGCUUCCAAGGAAUGCCAAGUGCUAUACGCCAGUCUGGGCCUCGUCCAACUCUUCGCCAUCUGGCUCCAACUGGUAAUGCUCCGGCCUCUCGUGGCCUCCCUACUACUACUCAGAGACCCCAGCCUGCAGUCCAUGUGCAGGGGCAGGAGCCUCUGACUGCCUCCAUGCUGGCCGCAGCACCCCCCCAAGAACAGAAGCAGAUGUUGGGUGAUUACUUCCUGCCUUCGAUGUACAAAUCAUCCUGGCAGAGCACCAAAGGAUCAAACCAGGCCACUGGAUGUGGAAAGAGUAAUCUAUACCUGGCUGGAAAGAUUACGGGAAUGCUGCUGGAGAUCGAUAACUCUGAACUGCUGCACAUGCUGGAGUCCCCUGAGUCUCUCCGCUCCAAGGUGGAUGAAGCUGUGGCAGUUCUACAGGCUCAUCAUGCCAAGAAAGAAGCUGCCCAGAAAGUGGGUGCUGUUGCUGCUGCUACCUCUUAGACAA